CCCGCAGCUCCUCGAGCUCCCGUCGUCUCCAUUCGCUGCAGCGCCCAUGGUCAUGGAGGACAAAACCCCGCUGCAGAAUCUGCCGUCGCAUACGCUCCAGAACACGGUUUCGGCGGCCUAGGGCGUGGGGGGCGGCGAGGUCGCGGCCGGAAUCCAUGGCUCUCCCGCGGGCGGCGCUGCUGUUGGGCUCCCCCUAUUCUCUUGUUGCGGCGCCAAACCCUGCUCGCCCUUCUUCCAGGAGAAAAUGUAGCCCUGCUGGAAGAAAUAAUUUCAGGUGUUCUCUGCAUGACAAGGCGCCAUUGAACACUCAUGGAGUAUCCACACGGUUGCUCUCAUGCCUUGCUGCUUCUCUUGUUUUCAUCUCUCCACCUUGUCAGGCUAUCCCUGCAGAGGCCUUUGCACGACCAAAAUUGUGCCAGAUUGCAGACGUAGCUGCCAUCGACAAAGAUGCGGUUCCUCUGAAAUUCGAUAGCCCUUCAGAUGAGGGAAGCAUAGAGUUGAUGAUGAGGGGCAUGACUGCCAAGAACUUCGAUCCAAUUCGCUACUCCGGAAGAUGGUUCGAAGUAGCCUCACUGAAACGUGGGUUUGCUGGUCAGGGGCAAGAGGACUGUCAUUGUACUCAGGGGGUGUACUCAUUUGAUGAGAAAUCACGCUCAAUUCAGGUGGACACAUUUUGUGUCCAUGGUGGACCUGAUGGCUACAUCACGGGUAUCCGGGGGAGGGUGCAAUGCCUGUCCCAAGAGGACAUGGCGAAUGCUGAGACAGAUCUCGAAAGGCAGGAGAUGAUCCAAGGGAAGUGUUUUCUCCGUUUCCCGACACUGCCAUUCAUACCCAAGGAACCUUAUGAUGUGCUUGCAACCGAUUAUGACAAUUACGCCGUUGUGUCUGGUGCUAAAGACACGAGCUUUAUUCAGAUAUAUUCAAGAACACCAAACCCUGGACCAGAAUUCAUUGAGAAGUACAAGUCCUACACAGCCGACUUCGGUUAUGAUCCAAGCAAGAUCAAGGACACCCCGCAGGAUUGCGAGACCAUGUCCAUGGACCAGCUUGGCCAGAUGAUGUCAAUGCCUGGCAUGAGCGAGGCCUUGACGAAUCAGUUCCCAGAUCUGAAGCUGAAUGCACCAGUCGCAUUUAACCCGUUUACAAGUGUGUUUGAAACCCUGAAAAAGCUCGUAGAACUGUACUUCAAGUAAACUCCGUACUGUAAACUUGUCAUGUUCAGUGUUCACUAAACAUGAAGUUGCAAUUGAAUAAAAUUCUC